ACCUCCUCCUGCUGUUCCUCAGCUCUAUCUCGUGAACAUCAAACACACGCCGUCUCCAUAUUGGAAACAGAGAUCAGAAAACACGGGAAAACAUGAAGAGGCAGUUUUUGACCCUCGCUUAAGCGCACAGAUGUCGCGGCGUUCUCCGCUAUAGCUCCAGUAACGUUAGUUUAAACGCGAGCGUUCAGACAUCGCGCGGGUCAUUUAUUCAGCCCAGAAUCGGAGCUUUCAUGGUCAGCUCGCUAACGCUAUCUUAUUUUAGCAAUCCAGCCUCCUAAUACUUGUUAGCCAUUCGGCGCUGGCGCAGUUGAUUUUUGUAAUGCGCAUCCGCACGGGCUGAUUGAUCAAAUGUGUGUCCGCGACGCGUAUUUUAAUGCAACAAAACGCAAAGAUUAGUGGUCGGGUGCAGUCCGUUCGCCCACGCUAGCCUCAGCGACAGCAGUCUGCUGGCUGGCUGCUGGAGAUCUGCCAUUAACUCGACUAGCUGUUAGCACAACCUGAAACACGGACACGGCCAGAACUCGCUGGAAAGAGGAGCUAACAUCUCGUUUCCAUGGACAACACGUCCAUAAUAACGCAGGUUACGAACCCCAAGGAGGAGGAGAUACUCUCGUCAAAUGCUGAGAAAGUUUCACUGUCUAACAGCAGCCUGAAGAAGAAGAGGACUCGCAGCAUCUUCAGCUCGUUGUUCUGCUGCCUGAGGAGUUACGAUGCCGAGCCGCCCACCCCCCCCAACAACAACAGCAGUCCUCUGCCGCCACCUGUGGAGGAAAACGGAGCUCCACCAAAGUGUGACCAGGUUGAGGUCAUCCCUAUCCCCAGUCCUCCAGAGAAGUACCUCCUGCCUGAGGUUAACAUAAAUGACUAUGGGAAAAAGUGUGUUGUAAUAGACUUGGAUGAGACUCUGGUGCACAGCUCGUUUAAGCCCAUUAGCAAUGCUGAUUUCAUCGUCCCAGUGGAGAUAGAUGGCACAGUGCAUCAGGUGUAUGUGCUCAAAAGGCCACACGUCGACGAGUUCCUGCAGAAAAUGGGCGAGCUGUUUGAAUGCGUGCUUUUCACAGCCAGUCUAGCCAAGUAUGCCGACCCGGUGGCUGACCUGCUGGACCAGUGGGGUGUGUUUCGGGCGCGACUCUUCCGAGAAUCCUGCGUUUUCCACAGAGGGAACUAUGUUAAAGACCUUAGUCGGCUCGGGAGAGAGCUCAGGAACGUCAUCAUUGUGGACAACUCCCCUGCUUCCUACAUUUUCCAUCCUGAAAAUGCUGUUCCCGUGCAGUCGUGGUUUGAUGACAUGACUGACACAGAGCUCCUGGACCUGCUGCCUUUCUUUGAGGGACUGAGCAAAGAGGAGGACGUGUACGGGGUGCUGCAGAACCUGAGGGGCAGGUAGCAGCCUGACGAGGGGCCAGUGGAGAGCCCAUCCCAGCUCCUCUCUCCUCUCUCCUCCAGCCUGCAGUCCUCACCUCACCGAGAACACUCACGCCCCCAACCAGGACACGCACACCGUGACAUGAACAGACUUUUUACAUUUAGUGGACUCUUAAAUAUUUCUCUUUUGAAAAGUGCUUAUGAUAAACCAAAAAAAAUCCACUUUUUCUUUCCUUUUUUGAAAUGAAAAUAUUCAAGUCAUAACCAUUCUCCGAGGUGUUGCUAUGCAGGUAGAAAUCCGUAGGGUUAAAGGACUGUGGGGUUUUCUCUCUAACCCAACAAAGUGCCUUUUUUGAAUGUCAUUUUUAUGGGGGAAAUUAACAUUUUGUACAUGACAUUUCCAGAGAACCUAAUCUUUACAAGAAUUAUAUGCUUUAAAACAAACGGAGGCAGGUCAGUCUCUUUUUAUAAAAGCACUGUUAAAGAGGCCAGAGAUUUUUAAUUAUGUUAAGCUGGGUACACGUCACCAUCUCUGUUUUUCUUGUGCUCCUUUUUAUUUUCAAUUUUGCUUUCGCUUGUGCCAUUUAUAUAGACUGAAACUAUUAUCUAGACUUGUAUAUGUUUAGUUUGUUUUCUAAGAGCAAAGGAAUGCAUUUGCACUUGUUAGGUUACUGGUCUCGAAUACCACAGCCUCUUUUGCCAACUUACCUAGGAGUAACGAUCUUAAACCCAAGAUUGUAUCGUGCCAAUCACUAACAGUUUGUCUCGCAAUCCGAUGCUGAAGUACGUUUUGUUUUCAUCAAAGAAGCCAGAUGUUGGUGCUGAAGACAAAUGUUUGGACUUUUCCAAAAAAAAAAAUCGUUUGCCCAGUCAACAUAGAAUUUUAGUCGCUAAAUCCCUUUUGGUGAAGUAGCGUAGACACUGCAGUUGUCCACCCCCCAUUUUUAUUAGUAAGGGUGCGUGUCUGAUAUGGAAGUUAGGAUGCACAAUUGCAAAUGUAUCCCUUUUAUCAUUUUACAUUUUUUUUCAUCGGGUCAUUGAGAAUUGGUACAGGUCCAUCAUCUUUAUAUUUUAUAUUUUUAAAAUUAGUUACCCUGCUGCUGCUACCACUGUACAGUACACUACAAAAGACCUCCCUGUAGGUACGACCAGUACCAGCCCAGGGACUAGAGCGCUGUGCAGCUUGUGCCAGAUUAUCAUCCAUGGGCGGAAAGGACUCGUUUUUAGUCGCAGUCGGUCCUUGAAGGGUUUGCUCUUGUCCUGUUGCAGCGCAGCCCCCCUGUAGAUGCGAUUCUGAGUUUCAAAAGUGUUCGGCUCAAGCUGUGCAGACUCUGCAUCACCGCAGUGCCUAAGAUGAGAGGAGAAGCUGAACAGGCAAUAACCUCUCUCUCUCUCUUUCUCUCUCUGCCCAGAGUCCGCCACGUCACAGUUCAGUCCUGUUUUUUUGUUGUUUUUCUUUCUUCGUCUACCUCUCUUCAUCCUGUUCCGCGGCAGGCGAUGGAAAGCAAUCCAUUCUCACUUUUAUGGUCUUCUGUCAGUAUUUGAGAUGUAUGCUGUUUUCUGCUUGUUGACGUGCUCUACAGCCUCUCCUUCAAUCGUCGGCUCUUUCAAAUCUGCUGGUUGCUGAAGGUCUUCUAGCUGACUGGAUAAUUUGGCUUGUUAAUUUUGAUUUCUAACUUUUAUAUCUAAUCGUUAAACACAAUAUUUCUCACAUUUCUAAAUGUCACCUUUUUUAAAUAAUAUGAUCUCCUCCAGGUGAUCUGACAGCGUUGAAACACUAUUGGUUUUGCUCACUGUUUUCAUUUACUUUUUUUUUCUCCAUGUGUUUUUCACUUCUAAACUGCCAGGUGCUGUUUUUAAUACACUUUGCUUUCAUGAUGUCACGUCAAUGUUUGAAGUCGGCACAUCCAAUUAAAUUUUGCCUUAUUUUCUUCGUUUUUUAGUAAGCCAUACAGACACGAGUUACUCUAGGCUUGAAAUCAGUUUGGAGAGGCUGUACAGUGCUAGUGUUUAGAGUAUAUUUCAAGUUGAAUUAAUUCAUAGUUGUUGCAAGUUUUCUUCCGGACUCUGACGUGUUAUAUUAAAGCACCUUUUAAAAAAAACAAA